CUUCCAGCCUGGAAUGCAGGUUGUCUUAGUCUUAGUGGAGCAAGCAGCAACAGGUCCACCUCCUGAGAGUUUGUGGAUACUGCCGCACUAACGAUUCGAGACAAAAGAAGCGGCAUUUUACGACAAACAGACAAACUCCGCUUCAUGGGAAAGGAGCAGCGUUGAUGAAUUAGUUUAUUUUGAGGUAUCCAGUUUAAUCGAGGUCACUGACAGGAUUGAGCCAGUAACAGGUCAACCAUGACGGCUUUGCAUUUGCUGGACAAUUGGAAGAAGGAUCUUCAUGUGAGCCAAGGAGACCCAGACAUCUCGAUGGACAUGGACCGCCUCAACAGGAAUGUGCCAGAGAGCGACGCACGAGCCCACCAGAUUUUAAAGAGCACUCCACUGGAUCUGAUCGAGACUGGAAAGGGACUGAAGUUCCAAGCUGAGCGCCCACAUCUGGUCAGCCUCGGUAGUGGACGUCUGAGUGUUGCCAUUACUCUGCUGCCCCUGCCUGAAGGCCGCACAACUGUUGGUCAUGGUCCCAUGGACAUCAACAUCCAAAGCCCCGGGGUGGAAGCUCAGCAUUGCUACAUAGAAAAUAGGUCAGGGGUCAUCAUGCUACACCCCUGCGGGAACCUGUGUGCUGUUGAUGGACUUCAAGUGACACAACCGAUCCGCUUGUCCCAAGGCUGCAUGCUGUGUUUUGGUCAGUCGGCCUUCUUUCGCUUCAACCACCCUGAAGAAGCCUUAAGGAUGAAGAGUAUGAUGCCCCCGGGUGGCAGUGUCUCGACGGGGGACUAUAGACUAUGUGCAGACACGGAGAACUUGGUCAAUGGGAAUCAUCGGGCCAGUCCAGCACAGUCUUCCCAAGAAACUGGCGAGAGAGUCCAGUCUGAGCACAGUGCUAUUGUAAGCUCUAUUGAAAAGGACCUCCAGGACAUCAUGGACUCCUUAGUCAUGGAUGACCCUGAACCUUGCUCCUCUGAAGACAAAAAGCCCCAUGGGGGCCAAUCAGUUACUCAUUCAGCCGUGUUACCCAUGGUCAAUGGUGGGGGCAGGUAUUUGCUAUCCCCUCCUACGAGUCCUGGGGCCAUGUCAAUGGGAUCCAGCUAUGACAAUACAUCUCCACCCUUUUCCCCUCUCUCUUCCCCUUCACCAGCCAGCAGUGGUAGUUUUACUAGCCCAUCUCCUGGUGGAGCACCCCAGGAUCACAUUUCGUCUCUGCCACCAGUGCCUGCACGCUCUUCUAGCUACAACUUUACCAGCCAUUCACAACUUGUAUCCCAGCCACGGACCAACCUACCUAACUUUAAUAGUGGCGCCAUGGGUCAGAAGGUUCACGAAAGCCCCAGGCUGCAAAGGAAGAUUUUAGGGGAGGCUCAUCCUAGUCCUAACCCUAGUCGCAGAGGAUUAUGGCAAGAUGGGUCAGAGAGUCCCAGACAGACCCCUCUUUUGUCUUUGAAUGACUGUCUGAGUAGCAGAAAUAUUGUGCCAAGUAGCCCUGGUUUCAAUCCCAAAUUUCCAACUUGUCCUUCCAUGUCUGCUAGUAUGAGGACCAAGACAACCACAGUGCUUCAUGAAAGACCUGCCAGUCCUUUUAGAGAUCAGCAGACAAGCUUAGCUGAUGGCUCCCUCAACUCAAGCCCAUCCAGGCAACUUUCCCAACCUACUAAGGCCUUUCAGCCUCCUCUCGAUCCUAUUGUCCAUAUCAUCCAAGGAUCACCUUGCCAACAGCUGCCAGAAAGUCCCCGCAUGGCCAAGCGAAACAUAGAACAGAAUGGCGGAGGAGGUAAUAUGAGAGAUCUUCCACCUCUAAGUCCCUCCAUUGCUCGUAGAGGCGUCCCAGUACUCCCAGGGGCCCUCCCAGGAACGGUACCAACCCUGAAGACACCUGAUAGCCCCUCAGGUCUGGGCAAGCUGGUCUCAGAGAGUCCCAGGCUUCAUCGUAAGACUGGAACUACACCUGUGGAUCUGACUAGCAGCUGGGGAAUGCGAGCCCGUAGUCCUUCGCCCACAUCUCUCAUGACGGAAGGUGGCACGGGAAUACAAAAGGCCAGCUUUGGGAAUUCGCUUUCUUCUGCAUAUAGUCUUGGUUCUCUGCCUGGCUCAUCUCCCAUGUCCAGCCCCAGAAGCAACAGGAAGAUAUCAAUGGGGCGACCAGGGAUGAGGGAGAGGAAGAACAGCAUCUCAGAAAUCAGCGACAAUGAAGAUGAGCUGUUGGAAUACCAUCGGCGACAGAGGGAGGAGCGACUUCGAGAGCAGGAAAUGGAGAGACUGGAAAGACAGCGACUGGAGACAAUCCUAAAUCUCUGUGCUGAGUACAAUAAAGGAGAGAACAUCAGCCCCGACCCACUCAGCUUUGGGAAGACAGGUUUCCCAGGGGGGUUUUCAGGUGGCUCACUGCAGGGCGCAUCCAUCGAGAGCAUCCUCGGAGGAACAGCGACCACAGCCUCUUUGCGACUGGCACAGAGACAGAGGGAGAGCGAUGAGGAGAACUUGAAGGAGGAAUGCAGUAGUACAGAGAGCACUCAUCAGGAGGUGAGGACAUCUCCGGCUCCAUGCACAGAAUCAGCACUGCUCAAUGGAGACAAACAGCAUGAGGAUGUGGCCAGUUCAGAUCGAAUGGAGCUGGGUUACCUAGAGGAGGAGAGGGUACGCGUUCUGUCGCGGCUUGAUGAACUCAAAACUCGGCUGAUGGAGCUGGAGCAACAAUACCAAGAGUCCAAACAAGAGGCUGAGAUGGAGUGCGCCUUGCUGCAGGGAGAGAGACAGGCAGAACUCGACCAGAUAGAGGCAGAGAUGGACAUCAUAAGUCAGCUGCAGCACAGGCUAGACGAGCUGGAGAGUGCCAUUCAGCGAGAGAAAGACAAGGAGAGGGCUCAUGUUGAGGCUGAGCGUCGGGCCCUGCAGAGACUCCAGGAGGGCCAUGCUGAGCUGAAGAACCAGCUGCAUAACUGUCCCGAGUCCCUGCGUGAACAGUUGCAGGAAAAGUUCAAAAGGGAUGGAGAAGCUUUGGAAGCAGGAACCAAGAAGUUUGAAGAUCUGGAGUUUCAACAACUUGAGAGAGAAAGCAGCCUGGAGGAGGAAAGGGAAACAAUGAGCCAGCAGUUGCUGCAGGAGAGAGCAGAGUACCACAGCACUGUGGCCAAGAGGAAGGAGAAAGUGUCUGCUUUGGAGAACCAGGCCAACCAGCUGGGCCUCCAGGCAUCUCAGGAAUGUGACCGUCUCGCCAAAGACAGGACCAUCACGCUGCAAAUGCUCCAAAAGGAGAAGGAGAGGCUAUCUGAUUUGGAACAAAGGUACCACAGUUUAACUGGAGGAAAGAGCUUCCCAAAGUCCUCUACAGCCAUGCGAGAAUUUGAGGGCAGCAGGCCUCCAUUGCCCAAACUAGAUUUAGAACAAUGGUACCAGGAGCUGUUGGCGGGUUCCAGCCAGUUCUGGUCUCCCCCUCUGCCGGCCAAGUCGCUGUCAGGCCGCAGGCCAGCACUGCAGGUGUUCCGUUCCAAGCUUGACAGUGAUCCAGGGCAGUCUCCUCAUCAAGCUAAGUCUGGAUCUACUCUGCAGCAGGGAGCAGCAACACUGGGCCGCAACACAAGCUCGAAGAGCCCUCUUCUGAGCGCCAAAAGCUCAGGCAGCCUGCCCAGGAACCUGGCUGCCACCCUGCAGAGCAUUGAGACCAAAAGGCAGCUCGCUCUGCAGCAAAAAGAACCUCAGACCUCCAGUCAGCCACGCAUUGAAGGAAGAUCAGCAGGUCAACAGGUGAUUGAAGAGCAGCGACGUCGUCUGGCUGAGCUCAAGCAGAGAGCAGCGGCAGAAGCUCAGUGCCAGUGGGAGGCGCUCCAUAGCUUGCAGCCUCAACUCAUCAACCCCACGCCCUCCUACUCCCCAGUCAUGUCCUACAGUCCCACACUGAGUCACAGGUCUACAGGCCACCCUCCUCUGGUCCAGCACUCCAUCCUACACCACCAUCCAGCAUCAGCCGGAGAGCAGCCCUACGACACGCUGAGUCUGGAGAGCUCUGACAGUAUGGACACCAGUGUGUCCACGGGGAACAACUCCGCCUGCUCACCAGAUAAUUUAUCCAGUGUUGGAGGAGCAGACUCGCUGAAGAUUGAAGAGAUGGAGAAAAUGCUGAAGGAGGCACAGAUGGAGAAAGCCAGACUUAUCGAGUUUCGGGAACAGGAGAGCUUCGCUCGCCAUCAGAUGCUGGAGGAAGAGCGGAAAAGGAGGGAAGAAGCAGAGAAAAGACUGCAGGAUGAAACUCUCCACCGACAGCAGCUGGUGGAGAAGGAAGUUACGAUGAGAGCCAAGAACUUCUCUCAGGCCCGUCCUAUGACACGCUACCUGCCAAUUAGGAAGGAGGAGUUUGACCUUCGCACUCACAUUGAGACGUCAGGCCACAGCGUGGACACCUGCUACCACAUCAUCCUCACUGAGAAGAUGUGCAAGGGCUACCUGGUCAAGAUGGGAGGCAAGAUCAAGUCGUGGAAGAAACGCUGGUUUGUCUUUGACCGCCUCAAAAGGACCUUUUCAUACUACGUCGACAAACAUGAGACCAAGCUGAAGGGUGUGAUAUACUUCCAGGCUAUCGAAGAGGUUUAUUAUGAUCACCUCCGCAGCGCCACAAAGAGGGGCUUUUUCAACUUGAAUCUGACUAGUAGCCCAAAUCCCGCCUUGACGUUUUGCGUGAAGACCCACGACCGCCUCUAUUACAUGGUGGCGCCCUCGGCAGAGGCCAUGCGGAUCUGGAUGGACGUAAUAGUCACAGGAGCCGAGGGGUACACUCAAUUCCUGAACUGACAACGCAAGUGAGGACGAGCUCGUUUUCGGCAGGGACUCUGAACACACUCCCUAUAUCUAGUCCACAGCUUUUUGCUAUGUUCGUUUGUUUUUUGUUUUUUUUACUCUGUUGAAAAAAUUGCCAAAUGUCAACAAUCUAGUGUAUUUGUUUGAGUCGCCAUAUGCUCAGUGAAAAUGACACGAUAGAGAUAGAGCAAGCUAAGCUCUCCAUCCUCCUCUUUACUUUGCUUAUGUGUUGCUCCUUUAGAAAUCAGUCUUGACUUUUAAGACUCGCUCCAAAUCACACGCAGCAUUGACAACUGUUUAGUUUCAGGUGAGCUUACAGGUGCAGUAUUUGGAAGCAUUCCAGCUCAGGGCUUCAUUCAGCAGUUAUUUGAUUGUCACGCUUGUGAUCAAAGUAUUUUGUGUAUUUAGAUAACUAUUUCUCAAUGCUAAGAUGAUGACAUCAUUUAACAAUGGUGAAGUUCAAGGUACACAUUUUAUUUCUUGAUUCCGGUAGGCUGUUAGCUCAGCAUUAUCGACGCUAAAGGAGGGACCUAUUAGUCAUAUCCCAAGCUAUCAAGUUCCAUAUCAACUUCAACCCAAAGAACAACAUUUAGUGUUUUAGGGGCUUCUUCCUACUUCCUAUCUUAAUGCUUAACAUGACAAAGCUCAUGACAUUAUCUUAAUUCUCUGCACACUUCACGACCGCAGAGCUUUAGUAAUAACUACACACUAAAUAUGAAGACAAGGAGCAGCCUGUUUACCUGAGAUUAUUUUACCUUAAAUGUAUUUAUUUUCUCCAUAGUAGGGCAUCUGCUAAUAAAAUAAGUCUGUUUUAAGGUACACGCGGUCCGCAAACCAACAUAUUGGUCUAACAGUACAGCCCACAGUAGACUCAUGAACAGGGGUGUGCAGCUGUGCAAUGUCUUCAUGUUGCCGUAUUGUGACCUCAAACACAACCCCAUCUUUUUCUAAACCUUGCAAGCUUUUAGCUAAUGACACUACACAGCUGGUAAGUCAUGAUGCCUCACUACUGACCUAAAGCAAUCCACAUGCAGACGCUACGGAUGGGCAAUACCAAACAAAUCCAAUCAUAGCAAAAAAAAAAAAAAAAACAAUAAACCAGAUUAUCUUUUUUUUUUUUUUUUUAGAAAAUUAAAACAUUGUGAAUACAUAACUGAAAUUGUGUUUAAAAAAUAAAUAAAAAAGAGGACAAAAUAAAUUCCAGUCUGCUGAUUCUGAUUAUGGAAAUAUUGUGGUACGUAUCGACACCAAAUGAGUACACUGCAAAAAGUCUGACCAAGAAUAUUUCUCUCAUUUCUAGUCAAAAGUCUCAAAACUAAUCUGAUUACACUUAAAAUAAGACUCAUCACCGAAAAUUUUCAGGCGGCACUGGGUUCAAAUCUGGCCUCGCCUGUGUGGAGUUUGCAUGUUGUCCCCAUGCCUGCGUGGGUUUUCUGCGGGUACUCCAGUUUCCUCCCACAUCCCAAAAACAUGCAUGGUAGGUUAAUUGAAGACUCUAAAGUGCCCGUAGGUGUGAAUGGUUGUUUGUUUAUAUGUGCGCUGCGAUUGGCUGGCGACCAGUUCAGGGUGUACCCCGCCUCUUGCCCGAAGAUAGCUUGGAUAGGCUCCAGCACGCCCGCGACCCUAGUGAGGAGAAGCGGUACGGAAAAUGAAUGGAUGCAUAACUUUCACUUGUUUCAAGCAAAUUUUUUUACUUGAAAUAAGUACAACCCCAAUUCCAAUGAAGUUGGGACGUUGUGUUGAACAUAAAUAAAAACAGAAUACAAUGAUUUGCAAAUCAUGUUCAACCUAUAUUUAAUUGAAUACACUACAAAGACUAGAUAUUUAAUGUUCAAACUGCUAAACUUUAUUGUUUUUAACAAAUAAUCAUUAACUUAGAAUUUUAUGGCUGCAACAGAUUCCAAAAAAGCUUGGACAGGUGGCAAAAAAGACUGAGAAAGUUGAGGAAUGCUCAUCAAACACCUAUUAGGAACAUCCCACAGGUGAACAGGCUAAUUGGGAACAGGUGGGUGCCAUGAUUGGGAAUAAAAGGAGCGUCCCUGGAUUGCUCAGUCAUUCACAAGCAAAGAUGGGGCGAGGUUCACCUCUUUGUGGACAAGUGUAUGAGAAAAUAGUCGAACAGUUUAAGGACAAUGUUCCUCGACGUACAAUUGCAAGAAAUUUAGGGAUUUCAUCAUCUACGGUCCAUAAUAUCAUCAAAAGGUUCAGAGAAUCUGGAGAAAUCACAGCAUGUAAGCGGCAAGGCCAAAAACCAACAUUGAAUGCCCGUGACCUUCGAUUCCCUCAGGCGGCACUGAAUCAAAAACCGACAUCAAUGUGUAAAGGAUAUCACCACGUGGGCUCAGGAACAAUUCAGAAAAUCAAUGUCAGCAAAUACAGUUCGGCGCUACAUCCGUAAGUGCAACUUGAAACUCUACUAUGCAAAGGAAAAGCCAUUUAUCAACGCCGCCGGCUUCUCUGGGCCCAAGCUCAUCCAAAGGGGACUGAUGAAAAGUGUUCUGUGGUCCGACGAGUGCACAUUUCAAAUUGUUUUUGGAAAUUAUUGACGUCGUGUCCUCCGGGCCAAUGGGGAAAAGAACCAUCCGGACUUUUAUGGACGCAAAAUUCGAAAGCCAGCAUCUGUGAUGGUAUGGGGCUGUGUUAGUGCCAAUGGCAUGGGUAACUUACACAUCUGUGAAGGUACCACUAAUGCUGAAAGGUACAUUCCGGUUUUGGAGAAACAUGUGCUGCCAUCCAUGCAACGUGUUUUUCAUGGCUUAUUUCAGCAAGACAAUGCCAAACCACAUUCUGCAUGUGUUACAACAGUGUGGCUUCGUAGUAAAAGAGUGCGGGUACGAGACUGGCCUGACUGCAGUCCAGACCUGUCCCAUUGAAAAUGUGUGGCGCAUUAUGAAGCGUAAAACACGACAACGGAGACCCCGGACCGUUGUACAGCAAGUUAAGUUAAUGAUUAUUUGGUAAAAACAAUAAAGUUCAUCAGUUUGAACAUUAAACAUCUUGUCUUUGUAGUAUUCAAUUAAAUAUAGGUUGAACAUGAUUUUCCAAUCAUUGUAUUCUGUUUUUAUUUAUGUUUAACACAACGUCCCAACUUCAUUGAAAAAAGAUUGACAGUUGGAAUUGUCUUUUUGUUUUCUUACUCCACUGGCAAUUUUAGUAAAAACCUAGCUUGAAACAAGUGA